AUGGGGCCGAAGAAAGGAACGAAAAAAACAGAGGAAGCGGAAUUUAUUGCGGAUGGCCCUCUCGCUGUUGAGAGCACCAGGGCCUUAACGAAGUGGACGGAUCGGGUGUCCGCGGUUAGCAAGAAGAUCCAGCAGGUGCAGCACAUUAUGGCUCUGCUUUCAUCGCAGAUGGAGCUGUGCAACAAGGAGCUCGCGGACGUCUACGAGAAUGCGAAUCUCCUCACAACGCUUCGCAUUGCGGAGUACCGACAGAAGUUGAACCCGCACCUACCGGGGCCGCCAGCAAAGAAGCAGCGCUUGAAGCGUGAGAGCUCAGUGAAGAUGGCUUCCACUCCGUCGCUGGCCGAGAAGAGCACAGAGGCUCUGUUGGGAGCCAUGGACGAGAGGAAACGCCUCAGGGUUAGCAGCGUUCUUGUGAGCCUCUUCAAGCGCAACUCCCCGGAGAGCCCUGUUUCGAAUUCUCCAACGAAUGUAGCGCUAUCACCGGGAGGUGGUGGUUCAACAAAUUUUGUGGAGGCAGCUGUGCGUCAACAGGUAAACACGGCAAGUUCUCCCCCGACCGAUGCGGCUAGUGCUUCAGCGAGCUUGGAUCAGCGACGCCCGAAGGACGUGCCGCCUGAGCUGUGGGAAGAGGUCUCUAAGCUUCGAUGUAAACGGCUGGCCUUGGAAGGACGUGGUAAAACGUUAAUGGGCAGCAUAGAAGUACAGCUUGCGAGAUUUGACUUGCUCAUGCAGAACCAUGGCGUGGCCACAUAUGCAACAGAUUACUUGGAGCAGACGCUUCAAAAAUUACGGCUAGGAAAAAGUGGUCCCUGA